AAAUAAUAUUAGAACUUGAAAAAGUUUACGAAGUCAUAGAGUCACAAUAUCAACCAGCAUGACGUUGUCAGUUGUGAAGCGCGACUUUGGAUCAUUCCACGCAUCUAAUGUUGAAGAGCUCAUUGCGUUGUCUGAGGAAGAUUAUGUUCCACCCGAUCUUCCAGCAGAUCUUCCACAAUUCUCAGAGUACAAAUCUGAUCCAUCCACAAUCCCUGCAUUGGGUUGUGCUAUGAAGCAAAGACACUUCCUUCUGGAGGAUAGCUGCACUUUUCUUAACCACGGCGCUUUCGGUUCCUGUCUUAAAGACGCCCUGGUUGCAUCUCAGACAUGGCAGGUUCACAUUGAGAGGCAACCCUUGAGAUUCUUUGACAGGCAUUCUCUUCCUCAUCUCGUGUAUGUCGUCCGAAGAUUAGCCAAGUUUGUUGGCUGCAAGCCUUCAGGAUUGGUUUUGGUACCAAACGUUACGAUGGCACUCAAUUGUGUCAUCAAGAAUAUUCACUUCAACCAGGGCGACACUAUCUACUAUCUCAACGUAACAUAUGGUGCAGUGAAGAAACUACUCAGACACACUGCAGAGAUGACGGGUGCCGUGCUACAAGAAGAAUCCAUCAUAUUCCCACUGACCUCAAAAGAGCAGAUUGUAGAAACUGUCAAGAAAAGUUUGAAAUCUGGGACACGAUUGGCUGUAUUUGACCACAUCCCUAGCAACACAGCCUUCAUUCUACCAAUCAAAGAGCUUGUAGAAAUCUGUCAUGAAAGAGGUGUUCCUGUGUUGAUUGAUGGAGCCCACGCUCUUGGUACCCUACCCUUGGACCUCGAUUCACUAGGGGUAGACUUCUAUACCUCCAAUGGGCACAAGUGGUUCUGUUGCCCCAAGGGAUGUGCCUUCUUGUAUGUCGGGAAGGCGUGGAGGGGUACUACUAGACCCUUAGUGGUGUCCCACGGAUGGGGGAGUGGGUUCAACUCAGAGUUCAUGUGGUCAGGUCUUCGUGAUUACAGUCCAUUUCUAGCGCUACACACCGUUCUUGAUUUCUGGCAGAGUGUUGGGGUUGAUAGGAUAAGAGGUUACAUUCAUCAAUUACUCUGUGAUGCAGCGAAUCUUCUCCGUACUGAGUGGAAUACAAACUUGCUAGCUCCUUUAGAUAUGUGUGGUGCUAUGGCCCUCGUGCGCCUCCCACCUCACAUUACUGAAAGCAAGACAAUCAAUUAUGAUGUAGCUGAGGUGAUACAAAACAGGUUGUACCACGAGCAUAACAUUGAGGUACCAAUUAAAUCAGUGGACGGUGAGCUGUAUGUACGGAUCUCAGUGCAUAUCUACAACGAAUUACCAGAAUAUCGCAGACUAGCAGAUUGUAUAAACUCUAUGAAACCUUGAAACAUUACAUCUAUUAAAUGUAGUUGGUAAGAUACUGCUCUAGAACUGCAUAAAGGUCCUGCCGUCGAUUUCACAAAGUGUUAGGACUCGUCUUAUCUCGA